AUGGUGCUACUACAGGAAAUCUACUGUCCGGAGCAGAUCGUAAUACCGGAAAAUUUUCAUCUCACACUCAAGCAGUACGCCAAGGCCGUCAUUCGAACGCAACCGUUUGAUUUAUUGCGCUGGUCCGCCGCCUACUUCCGAUGUCUGGCGCUGAGUGUACCGCCACCGGUCAAGAUCCGUUACGAACCGGUUGCGCGUCACGGUGCCUUCACUGCCGGUGCGCUGCGUGUACUAAUCGAUCAGCUCGGCAAAGGCUACUACGUGCAGAAAAAGAUACUGCUGGAGAAGUGGGAAGGUUUAUGUCUGCCGGAAGAAGACUUAUUGAAUGUCCUGUCGUUGGUGCGCAUGCUGAAUUGGUCCCAGCUACACUGGUUAAAGAUUGUUGGCGUGUUCAUCGGUCUUCUGAGCAAGAAACUGAGCUCAACCGCAGAAAUGAUCUGUGAGAUGUUAACCGAAGAUCCGGACGGUGGUGCGGCAUCCGUACCGCUUUGGAUGUUCCGUGAGUGCUUCGUUGUCGUGGCCGAUUUGGACUGUGGUACCGUGCAAUCGUUCAUCAACGGACGGAAGGUUCUCGAUGAAGAUACUGGUGCCCUGGAGGAGGAACAGCUACCACCGGCACUGCCCAAAGUGUUGUCAACAAUUUCAUUUAAAAAUGCCAUCAUCGACAAGUAUCGUACCAUGGUCGAGCAGGGGCAGCAGCAGCACGGCAGCGAGGUGUAUUCCGGUUCGGAAAGCGACGAGAAUGGUCAUCUCAGUGCCGUGCCGUCGAGGUUGGAAUCGGAUUUUAAGUUCUUUGGCGACGACUCGAACGUUUACGAGGUGCUGCGGAGCUCUCCCGACUUUGCCGGUGUGCUGCAGCUACUGAGAAAGCUGCACAAAGUGGGCCCCGAGGCGUGUCUCAGCCAGACCAGUCUGACCGAGGCCCAGCUCGCCCGAACCCGCGAACGCUCCCGGCAGAUCGAGGAGCUGAAGCCAACGGUCAGCCUGGAGGAGUACCGACGGUUGAAGGAGCAGGAACGGUUGGAGCUACUGAAGGAGAUGGGACCACCGUGGUUGCUGCUGUAUCUGUUCUCCCGGGACUGCUGCAAGGAGAAAUCGUUCAAUUACGUCGAAAAAUCGGAGCUCGCCGAAGCAGAAGAAUCGGCUUCCGCGUACUCGCCCGAAAGUGGCUCCGACGACGAGGGUGGCCUAGGCGUCGGGCUGGGUGGAGGACCCCUAGGAGGUCAGCAACGGCGCAAAUCAAGCUACUCGAUGCCGGCCACCAUGCGGGCAAGGUUGAGCGUCAGUUCGCACUCGGCCGCCAUCAUCUCGAACGAGAUACUCUCCAAAAUCGUGUGCAGCAUCGACCAGGCCAUCGAGGAUGGUGAGUGCGAGCUGGCGCUUGGCUCGAUUUCCAGCUUCCUGGAGCGGAAGUGCACCAGCGAGGAGUUCAUUGCGCCCGCAGACCACGAGAAGCUACAAUCCUUUCUGCAGGAGGCCGAACAGCGGGAGCUGGCCGUGAAGGAUCUGAACGAGCUGUACAAUUUCUUCGUCAGCGAAAGCUUCAAGAGCGGACUGCAAGAGGGCCGGCCGGCCGAGAACACGAAGGAGAUAUUCCACAUCUUUGGCGAGAGCGGUAUCGAGGUCGAUGCGAAUCUGCUCGAAGCGAAAAUAUCGGACAAUAUGAUACUGGGCCUGGUCGCACCGGAAGUGGCACCCGGGGACGAGCAACCGACCGAACCGAAGCCGGUGACCACAUCGGACGCCGGACAUGAACAGGAGGAGGAGGAGGAGGCUGCUAUCGUUGAGCAGUUCGUUCCUGCGCUGCUACUACCGGAUCCGGCCGGAUCGACCGAGACGCCGAUCGAGCCAGCGGAGAGCCAGGGCGAAGAGGCCACUCAAACCGAACCGAUCGAAAUCGCCUGUUUGCAGCGUAACCGGAAUCUGCCGAAGGUGGCGCGAAAGGAGGAGUGCAUUGCGUACAAGUGUAAACUUUCGGCCAUGCCGGGCAUCGGGCCACCGCUGAGCGCCGAGGUCCGAGAUGCAUUCCUCGACCAUCUAUCGGUGCGUGGGGCGGACCAGCAGGGGUUGAUCUAUCCACGCAAUUUCCGGGAGCCGUCCUGUCCCAAAAUUGAUUGA